GCGCCGUUUUUGUGCCACUUCUUCGCUUUUGCUCCAACCCACCAACAAGCGAGUCCAGCCAAUCCUGCGCACUCCUCGCUCGCUCGCUCGCUUGCUUGCCCGUGCGUGAUGCAGCAAGGAUCUUCGCCCCGUCUGACGCGGCAAGCAGCGCCGUCGACGCCGGCGUCGGUGCUCGCUGCUGUGCUACUGCUGCCCUCCAUGCUUGUGGUGAUUGUGCCCUACGUCAUCCUGCGCACGGGCUUUGGAUACCGCGUCCCCGACGAGAAUGUGACGACCUUUCGCUUCUUUGGCCUGCUGCCAUUAGCUGCUGGCGCGUUUAUGUGCUUAUGGGCGUUCUGGGAUCUGCUUAUCCACGGCGGCGGCAAGCUGCCCAUCUUUAGGCUUACGCAGCUUCCCAACGGAUCAGAGACUCAGGUGUUUAGGGGCGUGUUUCGGUACACACGAAAUCCGGUGUAUGCAGGGGUGUGUUUGACGUUAUUUGGACAAGCUGUGUACUUUGUCAGUGGGACGCUGUUCUUCUUCACCCUGCUGUGCUUUGUCGCACUGCAUCUCCUUGUGGUGGUGCACGAGGAGCCCUUGUACCGCGCCCUCUACCAGGAGGCCUACUCGGAAUACUGCCGCCGCGUUCCAAGGUGGAAGCCGGAGUGGGAUAAGGUGUUGGCCGAGGAGAACAUCGGCCGCGAUGGCCUGCCGCGUUGAACAUGAUCGUUCCGACAGCAUAAAUAAUAGACCAGUCACAGUGGUGGAUACGACCCUGUGGUGUACAACUCGCUGUGUGGACUUUUAACGAAAGAUUUCCCCUGACCAUCGUCCACGG